GUGUGUAAAGACGGGCAGAGAAUCAGACGAGUGCUCUGCGCUCUUCUGCAUCCUCCCUCUCCAUCAUCUCUCCUCCUUUCCUUGCCCUGCUCCUUUACAAGACUCCUGGCUCUCCCAUCCUGACUCUCCCCCACUGACUGAUUAGCAGACAGGGAGCAGCCCCUCUUCCUCUUCUUUUGUCGGAGUUUGAAUCACAUUUUCAACCCUCUGGAAGUAGCGUCUGUUAAGCUGUCUGGACUCUGCAGGUUUCGUCUACCCGUUUCCAGCGGAUCGUCGAGGGGACCUCGCGCGGAGUCACAAGGACUGGAAAUUAUUUAGCCCUCUCACAUCAACGUGCCGCAUGGUGGGAAUUUCUGCCUCUUUUCAGUAUCGCACUGGGAAGCACUCCACCAUGCCCGACUCACCUGCGGACGUCAAGACACAGUCCAGGUUGACCCCCCCUACCAUGCCACCCCCACCCAGUACUCAGGGAGCACCCCGUAACAGCUCCUACACCCCAACCACAUUAACCAAUGGCAGUAGCCACUCUCCUACGGCGCUCAACGGCGCCCCAUCCCCCCCAAACGGCUACAGCAACGGUCCCAGCUCCUCCUCGUCAUCUUCGCUGGCCAAUCAGCAGCUGCCGCCGGCUUGCGGCGCCCGACAGCUCAGCAAGCUGAAGCGCUUCCUCACAACUCUGCAGCAGUUUGGAAACGACAUCUCACCUGAAAUAGGCGAGCGAGUCCGCACAUUAGUGCUUGGACUAGUGAAUUCCACGCUAACCAUCGAGGAAUUUCACUCCAAGCUCCAAGAAGCCACCAACUUCCCCCUGCGACCGUUCGUCAUCCCCUUUCUGAAGGCCAACCUGCCACUCCUUCAGAGGGAGCUGCUGCACUGUGCCCGGCUGGCCAAGCAGAACCCGGCUCAGUACCUUGCCCAGCAUGAGCAGCUGCUCCUCGACACCAGUACCACCUCUCCCGUUGACUCCUCCGAACUCCUGCUGGACGUCAAUGAGAACGGCAAGAGAAGGACACCAGACAGAACCAAAGAGAAUGGCUUCGAGCGAGACGGUUCCCUCCACCCAGAUGUUCACCCAAACAAGCGACCUUGCACCAUAAGCCCCGCCCAGCGCUUCAGCCCCUCCAAUGGGAUCUCCUACCAACCCAAUGGCCUGCCCCAUCCGGGCCCCCUCCCUCCUCAGCACUACAGGCUGGACGACAUGGCAAUCGCCCAUCACUACCCGCGACACCUACAGACACCCGCCUCCAACCAUCGGGAGAUCCGGGAGAGAGCCAGGCUAGGUAUGCAUACUGGGACCAGGCAGGAGGAAGUGAUUGACCACAGGCUGACAGACAGAGAGUGGGCGGAGGAGUGGAAGCACCUUGACCAUCUGUUGAACUGCAUCAUGGACAUGGUGGAGAAAACAAGGCGCUCACUGACAGUACUGCGGCGGUGUCAGGAGGCAGACCGGGAGGAGCUCAACUACUGGAUCCGACGAUACAGCGAUGCUGAAGAGCUGAAAAAGGGGGGCGCCAGCGGGCAGUCAAGGCAGCAGAGCCCAGCAGCACAGGAAAACGCAACUCCAGAAAUUCACAGGGAGCUGCUGCACCGGCCUGUGUCUGGCUACGUCCCUGAAGAGAUCUGGAAAAAAGCUGAAGAGGCAGUGAAUGAGGUGAAGCGUCAAGCCAUGUCAGAGCUACAGAAGGCUGUGACAGAGGCAGAGCGCAAGGCUCACGAGAUGAUCAGCACAGAGCGUGCUAAGAUGGAGCGUACGGUAGCGGAGGCCAAGAGGCAGGCGGCUGAGGACGCUCUCUCCAUAAUUAAUCAACAAGAAGACUCCAGCGAGAGCUGCUGGAACUGUGGCCGCAAAGCUAGUGAGACCUGCAGUGGCUGCAACACGGCGCGCUACUGUGGCUCUUUUUGCCAGCAUAAGGACUGGGAGAAGCACCACCACGUCUGCGGUCAGACCCUCCAGGCCCAGCAGCAGUCAGAAACCCCUGCCCCCAUCAGCUCCUCUGCCUGCACCCCAAGCAGCGGGACUGGGAGUCCGGCUGCUACCCCGCCUGCUGCUACGCCUCGCUCCUCCACCCCCAGCACCCCUUCCUCCUCUGCCCUGGAUGGCUCAACGCGCUAAGAGACUCACACAGCGGAAGGAGGAUAAUGCCUCUGGGCUUAACAACCAGCCCCCAACCCCACUAACAGCAUGACUGUCUACAUUGCCUUGCAAAGAUGCUAAGCUAACAUGGCUAACAGGAAAAGACGGCAAUGCUUGUGUCUAUCUUGCAGCGUAGUCAUUGAAGGAAGAGGAGGAGGUCCAUAAUCAGGUCAUAUUGACUUGCCAUGACUUUAAAGAAACACAAAGAUAUUCUUUGUUUUGAAUGAAUGAAUUUAAAUAUUGACAUCCUUUUAUCGCUACACUUGCUAUUCUUGUGUCCGUUUUUCGUCGUGACUGUUGUUGUUAAUGUGUUGUCAUUGUAGCUUAUCUUAUUUUUCACUGUAAAUAUCAAGAGACUGAGCAGAGGUAGACAUGAACUGAAGACAAGUAUCUGACCUCCCCUUUUUAAAAUGUUUUUUUGUUUCCAUCCUUGAAAUAGUGCUAAUUUCCUUCCUGUACCAGAAACAUGAGACUUGGCAACCUCACUUUACCAAACAGCAUACCAAGGGAUCAAAUCUAGCUAGGAGAGCGGCCUAAAGUCAUCAAUACUCUAAGGAAAGACACAUUUUGAUACGCUGAAAGACACGCCAACGGAUGGAUGGAUAAACAAGUUUGCUGCCUGGAGAGUGGACAGGGAUGGACUGAAUCUCUGGCCCACAGACCGCCAUCAAACGGGCAGAUGUGCAGCAGAUUGCAAACGGAGCCAGCUGUUCAGCCAAUGCUAUUUCCCUCUCACUUGUAAUAAUAUCCAGGUCAGUGGGCUGGGAAAUACAAAUCCGUCUCCCUGAAGGAUGUAAAAGAAGAAUUCUUGGACGAGAUACAAAACUUUGCCCACUGCACAUGUGGAGAAUGUACUGACUACAAUUCGCAGGUGAAUACUUGGUGGGUCUACAGAUGCUCUCAAACAGGACGUGAAGUCGUCAUCACAUCGGUGAGACUGUCAAAUCAGCAUGACAACAGCUCUGCGACUAAAUUGAACAUUAUCAUUAUUCUUCAUGCUCUUAUUCUUUUUCUGUAGAUGUCAUGGUGUUAAAGACUUCUGUCCUGUGGUGUCACCAAUGGUUAUUUAUGUAUAUGUGUUGGACAAUUGUGACAAUGCAUAGUACUUUAACCUGUCACAACUCCAAGUCCAUCAUAACUCUCUCUCUCUCUCUUUCUCUAGCUGGUUGCAAAAAGAGAAAAAAAGAAGUGUUAUCUUUUUACCAAGCUGCUUUUCUAUUCUGUGUAUGUGGUAGAUCCCUUGUAGUUCUUUCAGUUUGACUUCCCUUCAUCAUCAAGAAAAGACACAAGCUAUAUCUCAGAGCUGCUACUCGAGUCCGACCCAGAUCUUUUCUGAGAGCUAGCAUGUUGCGCGGAAUGCUAACCCUAAAUGUUUCGUACAAGGGUCAUACAUAAAUGUAUUUGCACUGUCACAGACGUUUCGGCAUGCUUCUUUUCAGCAUUCUUGUGUUGUCAGUAUAGAGCCAUGAUUCAUCAACCAUUUUGUAUGUAGUGAUAGCAUCUGGUUUUACAUUAUUUGGGAUGGGGGAAGUUGGAAAAUGUAAUCACCAAACCCAUACUUUUUUUUGUUUUCUUCUCAACAUGUUAACAGCAGCCAUAACAUGAUUUUAAAUAGUUACAGACAGUGCAUGCACAUUACUGAAAAUUUGUUACAUAUCUGUUAUUUUUAGAAAAAGUUAAAAACAACCAAAAAAAGGGAAAAAACUACAAAAAAAAUAUUCUAACAAACUAACUUUCCAAAUGCAGAGGUGCAGACUCCAAUUGACAGCUUAACACUGCAAAGCACCAGGUAACACACAGUAUUAACACAAGAGAUAAACAAAAAAUACACCAAAAACAGCCAAAGACUGACACCAAGGACCAAAAUCCUGAUUUUAAACUAUUUUCAAAAGAGGUUUGUCCACAUUUAGUUGUUUAUGUAUUUAUGCUGGUUUUCUUCACACAUACAUGGAGCAAAUCCAUUUUCAGUGUCAUACAAAAGUCAUUUUACAUUGUUUUUAUUCUACUGGAUCAAAUGGCACUCAUCUUACAUUGUGAAAUAAGGUGUGAUAAAAACAUAACGACCAUUUCACUGCAGUGCUACAUUUUAACUGGAGCAAUAAUAUUGUGACAUUAACGCUAAUGACUUCUCAUACCAUUUGAAGACGAUUUCUGAAACAUUUUUGUGAGUAUAUUUUUCAUUACGCAAAGGUCAGAUUUAGUGCUGAUUUGAGCUUCAAGUUGUUAAGUUCUUCAUUUUUUUAAGAGAUGAAUGGUAGACGGAGCUUUCACACCAAUUGGUGUGCAGUUUCUUUUUUAUAUUUGGUAAAUCCAUGUAAGUCAUUACUUCUGUUGGAAUAGAUAAUCAUGUGCAGCUUUUUUGUAAGCCUUCAUCUUCACUCAAGCAAACCUCUCAUUCACAGUAAAGGAGCACUUACCCUGACGCACACAAAGGCUCUUCACCCCAAACACCUUGGUGCUACACAGACGCGCGUUACAAAUUCUGACCUCAAGGAUCAUGUGCAGGCCCACCAAGGUUCUGGGCUGUUUGCUCCCUCUGUACUUCCUCAUCUCUCCCUUUCUUGUCUAAAUAAAAAAAAACACAUCUGCAUUCUUGACUAAAGGGUUAAACAAUCCAAAAAGGUGUCUGACACCCGACUAGCAACUCCUCAGAAGCUGUGAAGAAACAGCCAAGCUGUUUUAACACUAGUGUAUUUGAAAGUAUACAACAAUUACAUGUGUGUUCAUCAAUAUAAGGGCGAAACCUGGAUUUAAAAAAUAAAACAUUAAAAAAACUACGACAAACAUUAUCGCUCAAUCCACCACAUUCAUGGUUUGGCCACUAUCCUCUGAUGUUACGAUCAAGGUGAGAAGCUUAAGUAAUGUAACGUUGUAUUAAUGUGUUUGAGGUAUUUUAGAGGUAUGGGAAAAAAGAAUCUGACAAAUCUGUUUAAUUUCACUGCUUCUUGAUUGACUAACAUCUAAAAAGACAUACUUUUGAGAGACAGUUGGUUGUAUUUCAAGUCAGACACCAUAUUUGAGAACUCACACAAUUAGACAAAAGCUUACAUCAGCAUUCACACACUUCUAAGCUAACUGAAAGUUUUGGGAGAUAAAACAGGGAAAGCCUGAUAUCCAUAAUGUUAGCAAGCUAAAGCUAAUUUAAGUUAGCAAGUGGCUGUAUGCAAGGUGACAAGUGCUGAGUCACAACAGCAAGUGAUAGCUUUCUACCAAUUCCUAACCACUGUCAAUUAGCUAACAUUCACUUUAGCUAGGAAAUUGCAUCUUUUCUAUUGUACUCUGUAACACUACCAUAUGUAAGCUAGUUUGAUUAUAUGGUUAGUUGUUGUGUAAUAAGUUGCCUAACUAUAACUAUAUAACUAUAACUAACUAUAAAUAUGGCCUGAUGUCCCUCCAGGUUUUAGCUUUUUAUUGUCCCUGAUUAAUCAAAAAGCAGUAAAAUGGAAAUAAUUUGUCAGACUUGUACGUUAAUAUGACUUGCAAAACUGUAGCACAGCAGCAGAACAUUAAAAGAGGAUGUUACCAGGAGCGUAACAUCAGAGGAAAAUGGCCGCCUUGUGAAUGUGGUGAAUGAUUUUUUGAGAAGCUCUAUUUUUCUUUCUUCCCUCCUCUAUGUGUGUUUUGCUACAAAUUCCUCGGUGGCAAACAAGUCUCACUCUACCUCUUACAGCACGAUAAGAGCAUCAGUCGCGGCGCUGAUACUGGUCUAGUAUAAACCAAAUGGGCACAAGAGAACAGGAAAAUAAAAAUCCCAAAGUCGAAGCUCAUACAGCUGCAAAACCAUAUCACUACUUGGUAACAAUGCAGACCUCAUAAAUAAAUGAAACAUAAAUGAAUAGAAAUGAGAAAAAAAAACUUUUGUUAUGUUCCUUUAUGCCUGUAGCGUUUGUAGAGUACAUCAAGAGUUUGAAUUGUUUGAACAGAUUUUAAAAAAUUGUGCUAAUUUUAAAGAAAAGUGUUGUCGAUUCCUACAUCGCGAUACAAACUAAGGUCACAGAUAAGAAAUGUUGUGUCUCUCCUCUUUCCCCUCCUCCUUUUUUCCCUCUUCUCUGUUGUAAAGACAAGCAGAGGUGCUUGUCUCUUGUCAGCUAGGGUAUAUUCAGAAAGGGGGGAAACUCAAGGCAGAGCUUGUAAAUUUAAAAAAAGGCUAUGGAUCUAGGCAUGCCUGUUCUUUUUAUAAUGGGGGAAGUUUUAUUUAAAUUUCCUUCUUAUCAAAGGCCGUAGCAUUAACCUUGGGGGAGUGAGUUAUACUUCAGGGGUGGGAGGGCUUCUUUUUUGUGUUCUCUUGAGAAAAUUUAUUGUGAAAAAAAGAGCUCAAAUGAUUUGAAAUUGUUGUGCAAUACUUAAUUGAGACAUGAAAACCACAGGUUAGUGGUAGGCUGACACUGGGCGGUCUGUCCAUCGCCUAGGGUCAGUGUCCUCUAGAGAGCUUUCCAGUCUACUAUGUCAGAACUGUGGUUUCUUGUUGAUUUUUUUUCUUUUUGUUUCUUUUUUAUUCUUUUUUUGGGCUGUAAACUAUGGUCUGUCAGUCUGUGAAACUUUGCAGUAUAAUUCUGGUAUUGUUGUUCUCUUAACGGUGUAAUAAAUAUGUUAAUACCUGC